AUGGCCAACGCAAUAGCAGCAGCAGCCGCAGCAGCAGCCGCAGCAGCCCAUCAAGCACCACCAGUCAAUCCACCAAGGGCUUUUAAGCCUUACGGCUCACCACCACCGUUCGACCUGGAAGCUGAACGCGAUUCCUUUCCGGUAUGGGAAGAAAGAUGGAACAUCUUUUUGGCUCUGUCCACAAUAGAUGAAGUACUCGACGCUGCCGCACGCCCCGCCUACAAAACGAACCAACUGAAAUCGUGCCUGUCAACCGCUACGUUGCAGGCCGUCCUAUCAGCGGGGCUUACGUCAGCCCAACUGGCAGACCAUCUUGAAAUCAUCAACCUUCUCCGCACCCGCUGCAACGCCGGUCGAAAUCGGCACGUAUGGCGACACCAGUUUGCGUUAUGCUUCCAGCUGCCCAAUCAAUCAGCGGAUAACUGGUUAUGCAACCUUCGCGACAUCAGCCGCAAAUGCGACUUUGGAUCAGACUGCUGUGCCCGCUGCGAACCAACUCGCAUCUUGGGCCAACUGAUUUCCGGCGUAGCAGACAACACAGUCCGCAUCAAGCUAUUAGAACUAGGUGACGCACUUACCCUCGAUCAGGCCGCGUCACUUCAACAAAGCGACCACGCUAUCAACGCUAUCCGACGCUCCGCUUAUAAAUCCAGCAAGUCACCAACACGCGACGACAAACAGACACGCUUUGCAUCGGACAACAAGUCUCGCGGCCGUACGUCAGCUCCAUGCCGAUAUUGUGGCGGGCCCCGACGACACGGCACAACUCAGUGCCCGGCGUUCGGGAAAAUCUGCGACAAUUGCGGAAAAGACAAUCACUUUGCAUCGGUUUGUGAGAGCGAACCCAAGAAGGUGGGUAGCAUUCACGUUCAACGAGUGGCAGCGAUCACCGAGGAGGAGUCAGUGGCCAUUAGCAUCGCGGCCCAUCCAAAUGGGCCAACAGUGACCACCCGAGGGCUACCAGACACCGGAUCUCAAUUAGAUGCCAUCCCACACUCUCUCUACCGUAUUUCAUUCCCAGAUAUUCCACUCCGCCCAGGGGUUGCAGCUCGCACCGCCACGGGAAACGCUAUCACUUGCGUCGGAUCAUUCGCCGCAACAGUCGAUUGGCUAGCAGAUGACGGGGUGUCCCGCCCGGUCGCCACCACCCUAUACGUGCUGGAAGACCUACAACAGCCAGUACUCUGCUCAGAGACUCAGAGAAAACUAGGCAUGCUCCACUCCAAAUACCCGCACGCCCGCAUCAACCACAUAACUUCUAGACCCACGUUCCAGCCAUCGGAGGCGCAGAAAGAAGCGGACCUGGCGUCACUCAUGGCAGAAGCCCCACGCGUGUUUGAUGGAGUCUGUCGGGUAAUGGCUGGACCUCCUUGCCACUUUGUGUUGAAAGAAGGAGCAGUCCCCCUGAAAAUUCGUGGCUCCCGCCCGAUAUCGGAACCACUCCGAAUACCUUUUCGCGACGAACUGGCGAACCAACUCAAACAAGGAAUAAUCCGGAAAGUACGACCGGAAGAAGUUACGCCCUGGAUACACAGGGUAGUCGUCGUCCCUAAGAAGCAGGGCGGCAUUCGCUUCUGCCCCGACUAUCGCCCGAUCAACAAAUUUCUCAUUGGCUCGAAGUUCGACAACCCGACGCCUUUCCAAUCGGUGCGUUCCAUCCCCCAAGGAAUGAAUUUUUUUACGGUGGUGGAUGCACUAAAGAGCUAUCAUCAAUGCGCGCUCGACGAGGAAUCCAUGGCGCUCACCACGUUCUCCACGCCGGAGGGCCUCUACCAGUACACACGCCUUCCCAUGGGAAUAUGCCACGCCGGCGAUGAUUACGGUCGCCGAUUUUCCGACAUUUUCGGACAUAUCCCCAACACCGCCCGCUGCAUGGAAGACCUGGUAAUAUAUUCGCGCACCUAUGAAGAACACGUCGACCUGCUACGUAUCCUUUUUAAAACGGCCAACGACAACAAUGUAUCAUUCAACAAGAGAAAAACGGUCUACGCCAAAACAACAGCUAUCUUCGCUGGCUACGAAAUCUCAGCGAACGGAUUCCGGCCCAACCCGGAACUUACACGAGCCAUCCGGGAAUUCCCCCGGCCGUCCAACGUCACAGACCUGCGUUCGUUUUACGGCCUUUGCCAACAAGUGGGGAAUUUCAGCGACAAGAUCGCGGCAGCUUUGGCCCCGUUAUCUCCACUUUUAAAGAAGAAUAUUGCCUGGGAGUGGUCCGCCGAUCAUGAACAAGCAUUCGGCGCCGCCCGCAGUACACUAGCCAUCGUUCCAGACCUCGCCUUUUACGACCCGGGCCAUCCAACAUCCUUAGCAGUCGACGCAUCUCUGUUAAACGGCCUUGAAUUUAUCUUAAAGCAACAAAACGAGUCUGGUACGUGGCACGUCGUGCAAGCUGGCUCCAGAUUCCUCCGUCCGCCUGAAACGAGAUACGCCAUGAUAGAGCUGGAAUGCCUGGCCACAUCUUGGGGCAUGAAACAAAGCCGCCAAUUCAUAGAAGGUCUCCCCAAUUUCGACUUGGUUACAGAUCACCGCCCCCUAGUGCCGAUCCUCAACGACUACGCUUUAGACAAGCUCGACAACCCGCGGCUCCUUCGACUACGUCUUCAGAUGGCGCGAUACAAUUUUACCGCUCGGUGGGUGCCGGGAAACUGCAAUAUCGAGGCCGACGCUCUCUCGCGUUCACCAAUUUCUCCAGGCACACCUGCGGACGAGCUUGGGGAGGGACCCCAAACAUUCACGGCCAGGAUCGCCAUGAUCGGGGCCAUCGCCGAAUCUCCCGCCACAAACAUCGACAUUACGCUUGAAAAAGUGAAACUAGCAGCCACAGCAGAUCCAGUAUUAGUGGCGCUGCGCACCACCAUACGGGAAGGUUUUCCAAACGAAAAGAGCAAUCUGCCUCUCGCCCUUCGCCCGUACUGGGACGCUCGCCACCAACUCGCCAUAGACGACGCCGAUGACAUGCUCGUUUAUGGCGCACGCAUCGUCCUUCCACGAUCCAUGGUGAAAGAAACGAUCCAGACACUUGUCGGCAUGCACCAGGGCGCCUCAAAGAUGCGCCAACGAGCCAGGCUAUCGCUCUACUGGCCCCAUAUGGACGUCGAUAUUGCCCACGCUGCAGCCUCAUGCGAAGAAUGCGUAAGCCAACUUCCUUCUUUACCGGCGGAAUCCCUGCAACACCACGAACCAGCGACUCGGCCGUUUGAAUUUCUUCACGCGGAUCUCGGCGAGGUAGAAGGCCGGCACUUCCUGGUCAUAGUCGACCAGUUCAGUGGUUGGCCGGCCGUCAUCAUGUUCGCAGACAAAAACACACUCGCCCGGCGUCUCAUCAACGCGUUCCGUACAUUCUUUACGGACACCGGGGGAGCCCCAGUAAAGAUUUAUGCUGACAACAGCCCAUUUGGAGCAGCCGAACUCCAAUCUUUCCUGCGAGACUGGGGCGUAUCAUUCGGAUCUUCCUCCCCCCACUAUCACCAAUCCAACGGCUGGGCGGAAGCGGCCAUAAAAUCUAUGAAAAAGCUCGUCAUCGGCUCCAGAACCGGGGGCCAACCGGAUCCGGACAAGCUGGCAAAGGCCAUUUUGCUAUUCCGAAACGCCCCGCGUUAUGGUGGGGCCUCCCCGGCCCAGCUAGUGUUCAACCGGCCCAUCCGUGACAGCUUGCCCGCCCACCGACGAUCCUUCGCCCCCGAGUGGCAGAGAGCAGCCGACGUUCUGGAUCAGCGGAUGCAUCGCGCAUUGGCGCUAACAACAUCCCGUUAUAACGCCACCGCUCAUCAUUUAGCCGCGUUCCCGCUUGGCGCUCAUGUGCUCGUGCAGCAUCACGCGACAAAGCGAUGGGACACCCCCGCCGUCGUCGUAGAGGUAGGCGACAACCGCGACUACAUCGUCAAAACGGAAUCAGGACGCCUAUACCGCCGAAACCGCCGCCUACUCCGCCAACGCAUGGUGGUCAUGCCGGGAACCGCGGUACCGACGAACGUCCCAGCCCAAAUCGCCCCAGCUCCAGCCCCGGAGCCAGACAUCGAGCAGCACCAGAGACAACAACGUUGGCCCAGGAACUACGGCCCGGCAACUCGACGUUCAGCCAGAACACACAGCGCCCCGCUUCGCUACCCGGUCUAG